AUGCUAUUUUUACUUUUUUCUGGGAGAGUUCGUUGUUCAACUGGACUAUGUCAGUUCUCGCGAAAACCGGACUGCGGUUGGGCCCCCGGAUCCCCAGACGGUGCCCGUACUCGGACCGCCGCUCGGCGUCGGGCGGACGGUUUCAUAAUACGCCGUGCCCGGAGGCUGUUCGCGAGCUUUACAUUCCGCGACAACUGCGGGGUUGCCAGAUUUCUCGCCCUACAGGCUGUUAGCUGUCCGCAGACCGCCUGCCUGGCAAGCGCGCAAGAUAUUCGUGAAUACAUUUCAUUAAGGAAACCGCAGAGACAUUCAACAGGUUUUUUAAUAACCGAACAGAGGUCAUGUGUCAUCACAAAGGGGAAAUCAAAAAGUUCUAAAAAACUAGGUGCAACAGGAACAACCGCAGCACAGCCUUGUAAGCUUUACAGCCUUUUAAGGGUCAAAUUUCAACAGCGCAAAUAUUAAUUGCAUUUUUAUAAAAAUAAGAUUUAAAGCGUUUUUUUCCGUAGAACCCUGAUCCUGUUAAUGCUAAUGCCUAGCUUUACUUAUAACUCAAAAAAUGAAUUUAUG